AUGACUUUCAACCUCGUUGCCGUCGUUUACCCCAAGGAGGGCAAGCUUGAGCGCGUCAAGGAACUCGGCAAGGAGAUUUCCGCCUGGGUUGAGGCCAACGAGCCCAACACGCUCCAGUACCACUGGUCUACCUCGAAGGAGGACGACAAGCCUAUUAUCGUCCUUCAGGAGAUCUACGCCGACGAGGCUGCCUUCAACGCUCACAAGGAGAGCCCCAAGUUCGGUUGGUUGAUCGAGACUGCCACGAAGGAGGAUCUCUUCGCUGCUCCUAUCAAGAUUCUGUUCCUUGAGCCGUUCACUGGUUUUGCUGGCCCGAGUUCUGUGUUAAGAGAAGCCUGGGUAGCAAAGGCGCGCAGAUGGGAUAAGAAGGUCGUACAUUGGGUCGGUGCGGUCAACUUUUUCACGCAAGAAAGUAGAAAGAGCUGCUACAUUGAGAAGGAUGAACAAAGGGGAACCAAUGGGGGAAGCCGGGAAAAGUCCCUGCCGGCUAAGAGGAUCAGCCUUGUAACCGAGGUGCCGGUCACUGAGCUUGCAGCUACAGCCUUAAUAACCAGCCACAGGGAUCAUAUUGCAUUCAAAGAUACUGCCGGCUCGACAAUGCAAUCCCCGGAUGCUUGUUCACGCGGCUCAUUCAAAUGCGGGGCAAGCGGGUCUGGAUCCGGGGAGUCCCGGGUCUUGGCGAUAACGGUUCCGUUCCAGACGGGAGAAUGGAACCCGAAGAAACCCAAUCCAGGGGUAAAUUCCAAUCGAAAGGUUCCCCUGGGAACCCUGGGGUUCUCGAGGCCCUCGACAGGGUCUCGCAAUGGGGAGAUGCAAUCCAGAGUGGCUCCCAAUGAGGUCAUCGGUCGAGUCAUUGUUCAGUUCAACAGCCCGUGUCAGUGA